ACACCUCUGCCCCACAGCGGCCACGGCGAUGGAGGUACGAGCCACGGCAGCCCCCAGGCUAUGGGGCACCGUGAAGCUUCUGGGAACCUUGGUCUUGGUGGCAUCCACGGGUGAGUACAGGGGGCGGAGGGUCCAACCGAAGGUGGAGAUGUGGUGGCACUGAGACGUGUUCUCCCCCGGUCCUUCAUCCCUUGCAGCGUCUUCGGUGGCGGGUGAAACGCGCGUGGUGGGUGGCAUGGACUGCGAGCCCCACUCGCAGCCGUGGCAGGUGGCCAUCCUUGACAUGUACAAGCUCUACUGUGGCGGCGUCCUCGUGGCCAGGCAGUGGGUGGUGACGGCGGCCCACUGCACCACACCGGGACCCCGUGUCCCACACGUGGGCCACACCAUGUCCCACAUGUCUCCUGGCCGUGUUGCAGACCCCGUGUCCCACGCAUGGGCAACGCCGUGUCCCACCCAUGUCCUGUCCAUGCUGUGUCCCACCACGUGCCAUGGCUGCAUCGUGGUCUCCAUGCCCCAUUCAUGGGCCACGCCAUGUCCCACCCGUGUCCUGACCGCAUGCCAUGGCCGUGCUGCCAUCUCCCACGUGUCCCAGCCAUGCCACGUCCCACAGGACCCACGGCCACGUCACAAUGUCCCACGCAUCCCUCCUGCCUGCUGUAGGAUCACCUCCAUCCGCCUGGGCAAGCACAACCUCUACACGCGGGAGCGGGGCGAGGUGCAGAAGAUGGUGCAGAAGUUCCUGGCACACCCCGACUAUGACCCCACCACCAAGGACAACGACAUCAUGAUGCUGAAACUCCUGACGCCCGUCACCCUCACCAACAGGAUCCAGCCCGUCCCCGUGGCCUCCUGUCUCCCGGAACCUGGCACCACCUGCACCACAUCAGGAUGGGGGGCCACCACCUCCCCAGAAGUUUCUUACCCGGACGUCUUGCAGUGCGUCAACGUCACCAUCUUCUCGAUGGCCGAGUGUCGCCGGUUAUACCCCGGUUCCAUCACCGAGAACAUGCUGUGCGCCGGGAGUCUUCAAGGCGGUAGGGAUUCUUGCCAGGGUGACUCCGGAGGACCUCUGGUUUGCAACGGGACCCUCCAAGGUAUCGUCUCCUGGGGCAUGGAGAAAUGUGGGCAGCCCAAGAGACCUGGUGUCUACACCAAGGUCUGUAGAUACGCCCAGUGGAUCCAGAAGAUCAUGAAGGACAACUAG